AUGCGGUACCGGCGAGCGUACCUGAGCAACGUGUGCGUUUUACCCGUCGCCAGGCGAACGGGUCUCGGGCGUCGACUGAUGAACCGCGCGAUGAGGGUCGCCAAAGGGUGGGGUGUGGAGAGGCUGUACGUGCACGUGGUGGCCGACAACGUGGGGGCGAGAAAGUUCUACGAGGAUCUCGGGUUCGUCGUCGAGGCGGAGGAGAGCGCGACGUUCGCCGCGGGGCUGAACAGGCCGAGGCGGUUGCUCCUGACGCAGCCGGUGCGCGACGUCCCCGAGUCGGAGUGUUGA